UUUUUUUUUUUUUUUUUUUUUGACAUUGCUCCAACAUGGAGAUGUCUCCCACGACACGCAAGCAGUUGGCCACAGAUAAUCGAUGAGCGGCCUGGGGUAAUGGAAAGUCGGCCCCAGCAUUCCUUGCCCGCCUAACUGCCUACCAGACUGCAGCACCUUGCCAGUGAACAUGCCUCGCUAGGUCAAUGGCUAUGGAACCGACUUGUCAAAAAUAUGCUCGUCUCAGAAGUAAAGUUGAGGGUAUCCCUUGUAUGACCGCGACCGUUUUCCCAAGCGCGAUUAUCCUUGCUUUGGGUUCUCGCCUCUCCGAGAAGCCGCGUGUCCGCCUGUCUCUCCAUAACCCGACGAGGUCGGCGGCGGGAUUGUUAACUGGCAUGGGGGUUGUGCGUGCGCCGUGCGCAUGGGUGAGUACGAUCAUCUCCCCCCCAGGAUCAUACGCGUUUGCCUUCGCUGGCGUCCAUCUAGAGCGCGCGUCUAGGGAAGGCUUGUUUCUUCCAUCAAUCACGUUCGCGCGCGGCGAGCGGAUCCCCUCCUCUUCGCUCGACGGCCCUAUUUUUCUUUUCUUUUCUAUUCGGCGCGAUCUCAUUCCCCGGGGGUUGGACAAACGGGGGCACUUGUGGGACUUUGUGACUUUUGGAGUUCAUUUCGCAGACCCGGUCUUGCGUCCCCGGACUGCGGCAUCGACUCUGGGGUCCGGGGGUAGUGAGGCGGGGAGAGAGAGAGAGUUGCGGGGGUUACGAUGCCAGGAGGCGCUGGGAUAGUUCCAGAUGUGGAUUCAGUGAAGAUUUUGAGACACG